GCCUAAAGCAAAGGUUUUAUUAGUAUUCCCCUUAAACCCACCACCCCUGAUAAUAAUAUAAUAAUAAUUAUAUUAGCAGACAGUUUUUAAUUGAAAGCAGUUUCCAAACAAUUAUCAAAUAUGAAACGUGAAAGAAAGCAGUUAUUCGAUGGAUCUUCAAACUUAUAUUUAACCUUGACCAUCCCUCCAUUAAGAGCCAUUUUAUCAACUACCUUUUUCGCUUCUUCUCCGAUCCACAGUUAUUGAUUGCUUCUAAUGGAAGUCCAAAUUCAAUGUUUAAUUUGCUUCAAUAUAUGAAGGAAUGCUUUCGCUUUUAAAGUAGUAUAGUCAGAUUAUUCUUUCCUUCAUUUCAUUCCGGAUUCACUUUUCAAGUUUAUUUGAUUUUGCAGAAGGAAAUGAUAGAUAGAGAGAGUAAACAGGUUUAAUAGAGAAUGGGGAAUGUCAUUGGUACAGUGUUAUCAGGUUUUGGGGAAAUUCUGGGCAAAUUGCUUGGUCAUCCACUUGAUUUUUUGGCUGGAAAGGCUUGCAGCUCUGUAUGUGCCCCAACAUGGGAUUUUCUAUGUUACAUAGAGAACUUUUGCAUUUCUCAACUGCUGAAAUCGGCCAUGGUGUCAAUCCUAUUAUAUUUCGCUGUGUUAUUCCUCUACUUACUUUACAAGUUGGGAAUUUGUCAAUGCAUUUGUCACAUACUCUGUAGAUCUACUUGGGCUUGCUUCUCCACUUGCUUCUCCGUCUUAGAUUACUGUUGCACUUUCCUCUGUUUCAAGCUUCAGCAACUUCUUCUUACACGUAGAAGACAUCAAAAAGACAUUGAAGGUGAAGGGAGCUUUUCAUCUAGAAAAAUUGAUGGGAGAAGAAGAUCGAUUAGGGAGCAUAGGAAAGAGCAUAUGAGAAAAUCUUUGAGGCCAAAGAGUCAUCGAAUGCAAGUGGAGAUUGUUAAUGAUUCUAUCCACCCAAAGAAAAGGCUCAAAUUUGGGAACAGUAAUGACUUUAGGCCUAUUGAUCACAUUCGAGUGAGUAGAAGACCAAAUUUUGCACAAAAACGAACAUCACAUCAUCCAAGGAGAACAUAGAGGAUUCUCAGUCAUAUUGUCUUCUAAAUAUUAUGGAUAUUUUAACCUGUUGUUAUAAAAUAGUAUGUCUUAUUUUUCA